UUGGGUUUAUUAAAGUACGGUUUAAGUUUUUUAAUUUUAUAAUAAUGUAUAUAGAUUUUAUUGCCUUAUUUUAUUAGGGGUGAAUGGAGAAGUUUACCCUUAUCGAUGAACCCAAGUAUUGUUCAAUAAAAAAAAAGAACAAAAAGAUUAUGGCUUGGGACCCAUAGACAAAAUAAUUGUAAAGUGAGCGGUGUAACUAUUAUUAUUAUUAUUUUUUCCUGAUAUAAUAAGUUUGACAUAUUUUACAACAAAAAUAACAUUACACAGAGAGAGAUCACGACUCAAAUUGUAUUUAGGAAAAUAUUUGAGUCGGAUUAGGUUAAAUCUCUUGUUGAGGUUAAAUAUCAUAUCGAGAACAAUUUUUUUCACGGUAUCUUAUUUUGGUUCUACGUAUUUGUUCUUCUUUUCUUUGUUCCGUCUCCCUUUUGAGGAUUAAGGUUUAUAAAGGAUUUUUUCCACAUCACAAUUAACAAAGCUUCUUUGGUUUUUGCAAUUAUUGAUCGUUAGGGUUAAUAUUAAGCGUUCAAUAUGGUUUCUGGAUUAAUGAAUGAGAACCCAAUUGUUUACCCAAAGAGAGAACGGCGUGUUCGUACUAAUCAGAGCAAUACCGAUGAGUCUUCAGUAGAACCGAUAGACCAGCUCGAGAUUUUUGAUCAUAUAAGAGAUAUCAAAGAUCCAGAGCAUCAUGACCUUUCUCUAGAAGAUCUCAACAUAGUUACAGAGGAAUCAGUUGAAGUCGAUGAUGACAAGAGUUACGUUAGAAUUACAUUCACUCCAACUCUUCCACAAUGUCACUUGCCACAAAUCAUUGGUCUUUGCAUCCACGCAAAACUUUUGCAAAGCCUACCUGCUAGAUUCAAGGUUGAUGUGAUAGUAGCACCAGGGAGUCAUCUAGGGGACAAAGAACGUGUGGCGGCAGGAUUAGAGAAUCCCAGCUUUGUGGCUACAAUGCAUGCAAUUGCGUGA